UGCGACGAAAAGUUUUGGAAAAUACUCCGAUUAAAAGCCGGUUUUCUGACGAAUCUGCUGAUCGAUUUCUGUCAAACUCGAUAAAAAGCAAGAACUCGAUAUGGAGAACGAUAAUAAUGGUGUAGUGAAGAAUCAAAAGGGUAUCAAUGGCUCCCCUAUCAAAGAUUCGACGCCACUCGCUCGACUUGGUCUUGCGUCUCGUCUUCGUCCUUACGUCGUAGCCCUUCGACCAUGGUCUUUCAGUGCAUCUCUGACACCUGUCGCACUGGGCAGUGUUCUUGCUUACAAAGUGAAUGGGGACUUCAGCAUAGUGAUACUUCUCCUGACCUGCUUCACAGCUUUGUCAGUCCACGCUGCUGGAAAUUUAGUCAACACUUUCUGCGAUUACUACAAAGGAGUGGACUCGAAAAAGAGUGACGACCGGACGCUUGUUGAUCAUCUAUUGAUGCCAAAUGAUGUCGCAUAUUUAGGUGGUGUGUUUUACGCUGCAGGAUGUUUUGGUUUUCUGCUCACAAACUGGCUAUCGACAACAUCGAUGGAACAUUUAGCCCUGAUUUAUUUUGGCGGACUCUCGAGUAGUUUUCUCUAUACCGGUGGAUUAGGAUUGAAAUAUAUUGCUCUUGGAGACAUUGUCAUACUGCUCACCUUCGGACCAAUCACUGUGCUGUUCUCUUUCCUGACUCAAGGCGGCGUCCUAUCAUUUCUACCACUCCUUUACGCGGUACCGCUCGCACUUAACACGGAGGCUAUCUUACAUUCGAACAACGCUCGCGACAUGGAAUGUGACAAGUCUGCAGGAAUAGUGACACUUGCAAUUUUACUUGGAAGGACUGGCUCUUAUGUGUUAUUCGUUGUACUACUCUUUACCCCUUAUGUGAUGUUUGCAGUUCUUGGUAUAAACUUCAGCAAAUGGUUUCUAUUGCCUGUUUUGACUAUUUUUUUGGCAUUUGAUAAUGAGAGGGAAUUCAGAGGUGGAAAACUUCGGUUUAUGCCACACAAUAUAGCCAAGCUCAAUCUAGUCAUGGGAUUUCUCUAUGUUUUUGCUGUGUUUAUGGUUGAUUCUACUAGGAUGCCAGGACUGCCUUGACAUGUUUUGAUCCUUCAUCUGCUUGUAGCAUUUAUGUCUAUGGCUUGGCUUAUUAUCUCAAUUAUUCUACACGUCAUGUUGGUUAGUUGACACUUUUGGGUUAAUUUUUAGAAUUUUUGACCCAAAAAACUUGCCUCGAAAAUCCAGUGGCUCUCAAGGCUGUGGUGUGCAAUGGUAUCACUGAAGUUGGUGAAUCUUUGCCAUCUGCAUUGAAAGCGUUUUGAAAUGUUAAAAAUUCUUGAUAUUCUUGAUAAUUUCUCUAUUAAAGGUCAGUUCAUUUCAAAGAUUUGGAAAACAUGUAAAUAUACCUCGGAACAUGAUUUUUGUCUCUUUAUGGGCAUCAUUAGAACAUGAGACUGAAAUAAUGAAAGGUCACUUGCCUAUUUAGUAGACAACUUGGAGGAUAAGUGGGACUCUACCACUCAUCAUGUUAACAAAGUGGCACUCAAAAUAGCACCAUUAUUUACCAUGGUUUACAACGUAACAUGCCAUAAAUGUCAGUUUGGCGCAGGGACCAUCCAUAACUGGUGUGUUUGAUGACUGGCAUUGGGCUUGGGUAAGCACCGGAAGUACUUUGUAGCACCUUGAAGGGGAUGCGUGGCGUAUCAUGCGUACAAAUACUCCAGAGAACAUUAAAGUAGCGUAAAAAAAGAAUGACCUGACAUCAGACUCUGUAUAUGCAUACAGAAAAAGGAUUACGGGGCAACUCGGCCUAUUACCAACUCGGCCCACCAACUCGGCCUGGGUUAUAAAUCAUCGGUUUAUUGGCAUAAGUUUUCCUUAUAUUGUUUUUUUUUUGUUGCUAUAUAUAUAGGCCUACUAUUUAUUCAUUCCUGGUGGAAAUUUGAAGAGAAUUCAUCAAGAUUAGGAGAAGAAAUCCAUUAAAUCACAGUCAUGAAUGUGCAUUUGGAGUGCUACCGCGACUUUUCCACACUCGCCGCCGUUAUUUCAUGGAUUUCUCCUUCAAAUCCCAAUGAAUUUUCUCCAAAUUUCCAACGGGAAUGAAUACAUAGUAGGCCUAUACCAACAAAAAACAAAAAAAUAUAAGAAAAACUUAUGCCAAUAAACCAAUGAUUUAUAACCCAGGCCGAGUUGGUAAUAGGCCGAGUUGGUCAUACACCAGAAAAAGGACGUGUACAAUUUUUUUUCAAUUUCUUCCAUUGCCUGUUCUAUUUUUGCGAAAGAACUGCAUGGUGAUGCAGUAAAACAGAAAUCAGAACCCCACAUCAUACUUCAUGGCCUGGACUGAGUGAAGCUAAAUAAUUGUCAUCAACCGGUUAUGGUUUUGCUGUUGUGCGUCAUAUUUCUUUGCAAAAAAAGUUACAUGUAUAUUUGUUAUGGUUGUGAUGUAUAAUAAUAAUGUACAUUGUAUGCUGGAUGUUGAUAAUAAAGCAUUGGUUGCU